AAAAGGAAGAAGUUCAAUUGAUAGGUUAUGUUGCUAUAAUUGCUAAUGUUUUUAUAAUCUUCAAAAUGUGAAUGAUUCUAUGAAAAAAUCAGUUAAAAAUGAGACUGUAUACUAUAUUGCAAUUAGGAGUCUUACUUUCCAUUGCAUUAGUUAUCUUUUAUUUGUAUAGUAUACGAUUAAUUAUUACAACUGAUAAUUUAGAAGAUGACUUUGAAGAAUUAGAGGAAGAUGAAGUAACAACAGAAAGAAUCUAUUUUAAACAGACUGAUAUUGUUGUUGCAGUAGUUGCUUGUGGAGACAGAUUGUUUGAAACAUUGAACAUGCUUAAAUCUGCUCUAAUGUUCAGUAAAGAGAAAUUGAACUUUGUAAUAGUUGCAGAAGAGAGAUUAAUUGAUAGUUUCAAUGAGAAAUUGGGUGAGUGGAAUGCAUUUAUGAACAAUGCAUUUACAUUUAAAGUGUUGUCAUUAACAUUUCCAUCAGAUAAUCCUUUAGAGUGGAAAAAAUUAUUCAAACCCUGUGCUGCACAACGUUUAUUUUUACCAAACUUAUUGGAAAAUGUAGACUCUAUUUUAUACAUGGAUACAGAUACAUUAUUUUUAACACCAGUAGAAGCUGUUUGGGGACAUUUUCAUAGAUUCAACUCUAGUCAAAUGGCGGCACUAGCUCCUGAACAUGAAGAUCCAAAUGUUGGUUGGUACAAUAGAUUUGCAAAGCAUCCUUAUUAUGGAAAAUUAGGAGUAAAUUCUGGUGUGAUGUUGAUGAAUCUCACUAGAAUGAGAGCUUUCCAAUGGAAGGAGUAUGUUGUUCCUAUUUACAAAAAAUACAAACAUAAAAUUACAUGGGGAGAUCAAGAUAUUAUUAAUAUAAUUUUUCAUUAUCAUCCAGAUAAACUCUACAUAUAUUCAUGUCGUUUCAACUAUCGACCUGAUCACUGUAUGUAUACGAGUGUAUGUAAACCAGCAGAAACUGAAGGAGUAGCUGUAAUUCAUGGCUCCCGAGGAUUUUUUCAUUCAGAAAAACAACCAAUUUUUCAGGCUGUUUACAAGUCCUUUGAAGAGUUUCAGUUGGGUGGUGACAUCUACCGUGACUUCUACCAACCUUUAGAAGUGUACUUAGAAAGUGCCCAAAACAACAAUUGCGGUAACAUCAAAGAUGUAUUCCUCAAAAAUAUCCGUAAUUAUAUGGAUCUUGAAUUUAAUGCAAAAUGAACGUCCAACUUAAAUACAGUUGAACCUUGAUAAAAUAAAACCAAAAGAAGUCUACAGUUACGUUGAUAAACAUUUUUAAGAAAUAAAAACAAUUUUUCUAAACAAAAAAAAACAGGAAAGUUUAUUAACUUAUCAUAGUUUUAGUUAUCAAGCGUUCACUGUAUUAGUAAAAUGUUCUACAUUGAAGACAAUUACCUUUUGCUAUCGCCAUGUAUGCUUUUUGUACCUGUAAGUUUAACGUUUCAUCCUUAUAUUAUUAUGUAUAGCUAGAAUCAUUUCGGUUUCACUUAGCCAUAUUAAUUCGCAUCCUUUUUUAUUUUUAUUUAUAGUAACCGCAUACAGGGUUAGUUUAAGUGUAACAACAAAAAAAUUAUAGGCAAUGACGUGCCCUUUAUCAGUAAAAUAUGACUGUAUAUUUACUCAUAUUUAGAUUCCACAUUAUCACUGGUUUUGAGCCAACCGUCUGAACCUUGUUAAUCCUCGUAAGGGUCCUAUUGGUGGAUUUGUCUUUUCGGCACGUUUGGGAAGGGAAACAUCGGUAGAGUUGGUCUUUUCGGGAAAUUUUGGAGGUAAUGUUGUUAUUAUUACUGGUAUUGGUAACAUUGGAAAGGGCGAGGGGGUAUAAGAAAGGGAUGGAUAAAGAUGUUUCCUUGUUGUUGGUAUUCUCUGGAUAUCGUCACUUGUGUUUAUACAUUUUGAAUGUUGUUUUUGUAUCUCGAAAGCUAUCGAAAUUGAUUGUUCUCGGUAUAAACGCAAUUUUGGGCUAAGGUAGAAGAAAUAUAAAUAUAACAGAUAAGUGCUCCUUUGUCCUGACGAAAAUACGUCCAUUUGUUUGGCUUAUGUAGAAACUGGAAGCAAUCUAAAUAUGGGAUUUAAUAUACUCCAUUCUUAUUUGAGAAUUUUUUCCUUGAUAGAUCUGAUUAGAUGGGAAGUUGCUGUUAGAGUUUGAAGAUUGUGCGAAUACUACAGGGUUUGAAGAUUCUGGAAAUUCUGUCUAUCAUAUCUUUGAUUAAAGGAAGAGAUAUUUUCAAUUGAUUUUUUAAAUCAGUGGAGGAGUUGGAGUUCAAAAUUUUUGGAAACUCUUAUUGAUUUGGGAUUUUUGUAAUCAUUCAAUCAAUCAAUUUCUGUUUCCGAUAGUUUGCGAUUGAUCGAGUGGGAGACAACGUUUGUAGAAAGUCAAGAAAUAAUAGAAUUAAUUUUACUUUAAUUGUUUAGUUCAAUGAUAGCUUUCUUAUUUUUGUGUAUUUGAACUAUGGCUAAAAAUUCUCAUUUUCUUGUAUUUGUCUCUAAGGAAUUUUUGAACCUUUAUAAUUAAAUUUAUUUUAUUUUGUACAUACGGUAAGGAGGUUACAAAUGAAGUAUUUGUUUGACUUUCUCUUGAAUUUGGUAUUUAUCAUGUUCGGCAUAAUUAUUUUUUAAUAAAAUUUUCAUUUUUUUGAAAGCUAAUCAUUUAAAUUCAAGAUCUGAUAGUUUGACAGCUCAACCAAAUUAAUAAUCACUAAUACUAUUUGUGACAUAAGAUAACAUGAAUUAAAGUUUUGUAUACAAUAAUGUUUUGAAAUUAUUGGUAAUUUUAUAUAAUUUAACAUCCAGAAAAUUGAUUUUAUUCAAUCUCGAUUAUGAAUUGAAAGCUAAAUGUCAAGAUUUUUAUCUCUAUAGAAACCAAUUUCAACAAAAAUGUUCAAGAAAGGUCUUCAAGGUAAGUAAGGGUCUAAGAAAUAAUGGAAUAAUAUGCACCUGCCAUAAAAUUGAAUUUGUAUACGAAAAUGAAAACAAACAGUACCUGAAGAAUUACGAAAAUAUUUCCAAAAAUAUAGGAAAUAGAAAAAAGGAUGGCGUUUACAGAUUUUCUUUACAACCCUUAAAUAUGUAUGGUGCAAAUUUGAAUGGUUUUGAUUCCCUGUUGAAAAAAAAAGGCUGGACCAACACAGACUGUGCUGAGACUUGCAAAACCAAUUGCAGAAAUACACUGCUGUCAAUUGGUUCUUCUAGAUUGAAUUCGUUCAUUUGCUGAUAGAAUUGGCAUGAACAGUAAGUUAAAUUCUGCUGAAAAUUUUACUAAAUCGAUUUACAAAUGCUCCAACCAUUCUAUCCCAAUGCAAACUAAGUCGGUAGUUUAAGUCUCCUCAAUACAUCAUAAUUCAGGUAUUGCCAGAAAUAAUAUUAUAUGAUAAAUAUAACAAGAGAGGAGUACAUAAUUUUGACGAAAACUGGAACGUAUAUUCGUUAUGACGAAUACUUUGGUCAAUAGCGAUCGUUUUUUAGUAUUUUGGACAUUGGAUUUUUUAUUAUCCUAUUAUAAUGUGAAUAGAAAAACAUGAUAUGUAUCAUUUACUUUUCCCUUCGGUGACAUCGACACGAUUAGAACUUGUUAUGCAUUGAAAAAAAAUAUUAGCUAAAUGUUAAAAACACCGAUACAUUUUUCAAACAAUGAAAGAAUCAGCAAGCACUGGAUUAAGGUUGUCUAUGUAGA